AUGUCGUCCGAAAUCCACCCAGAUUUUCAACAUAUCGCCGGGGCGGACCUCGAUGUGCUGUUGCAGCAGCUCACUCUAGACGAAAAAGUCGCCCUUUUGACAGGCGCCGACUUUUGGCACACUGUCCCGAUCCCGCGAUUGAACAUCCCUUCGAUUCGACUCUCCGACGGCCCCAAUGGCGUUCGGGGCACGAAAUUCUUCGGCAGCGUUCCGGCGGCCUGUCUCCCGUGCGGCACAGCAAUUGGCGCCACUUUCGACCGAGACCUCGCGCUAAAAGUUGGUCAUUUGUUGGCUGAUGAGGCCAAGACUAAAGGCGCGCAUGUUGUCUUAGGCCCAACCAUCAACAUUGCCCGGGGUCCUCUAGGUGGCAGAGGAUUUGAAUCGUACUCGGAGGACCCGGUUCUGUCGGGAAUCUUGGCCGGUCAUUAUUGCACUGGUCUUCAGGAAAAGGGCAUCGUGGCCACCCUGAAACAUUUCGUGUGCAAUGACUUGGAGCAUCAACGCAUGGCGAUCAAUUCGAUCGUUACCGACCGCGCCAUGAGGGAGAUCUACCUUCUUCCGUUCAUGAUCGCAAUUGCUCAAGGAAAACCUGAUGCCAUCAUGACGGCGUACAACAAGGUGAAUGGCACACACGCAGCGGAAAACCCGACGAUUUUGAGAGACAUUCUCCGAGGGGAGUGGGGAUGGGAAGGGUUGCUCAUGAGUGACUGGUUCGGUUCUUACAGCACCUCGGAAGCAGUUAUUGCCGGGCUUGACCUUGAGAUGCCCGGCCCAACGCGCUGGCGUGGCAGCGCAUUGUCACAUGCGGUCACGGCCAACAAAGUGCCAAUGGCCGCUUUGAAUGCCCGAGUUCGAACUGUUCUGGAAUUAAUCCAGAAGGCCAGUCGGUCGGGCGUCCCGCAGAAUGCACCGGAAGGGCAAUUGAAUCGGGCAGAGGAUCGACGCCUUCUGAGGCAGAUCGCAGCCGAGGCAAUUGUGUUGAUGAAGAACGAAGACAAUAUCCUACCACUCAACAAGACGAAACGUGUUGCAGUUAUCGGCCCUAAUGCACAGGUUGCAUCAUACUGUGGAGGCGGCAGUGCGGCCUUGAACCCGUACGAGGCCAUUACACCAUUUGACGGACUUUCUGCGUCUGCGGAAGGCGGGGUGGACUUUGCUCAGGGAGUCUAUGGCCACCAAAAUCUGCCCCUCCUUGGAAAGCGGAUGCGCGCCAUGGAUGGCCAAACAGGCUUCACAUUGAGGGUUUACAAUGAGCCUCCAACUGUUCUCAAUCGCCGCCUUAUCGAAGAGCGAGCUGAGACCGACUCGAAUUUGUUCUUCAUUGACUACAACCACCCCGAACUCCAGCAUGUAUGGUAUGCCGAUGCUGAGGGCUAUUUCACCCCCACGGAGAGUGGCGUCUAUGACAUUGGUCUCUGCGUGCAGGGAACAGGAAAGUUGUACGUUGACGGUGAGCUGAAGAUCAACAAUGCGGAUGUACAAACCCCUGGAACGAGUUUCCUAGGCACCGGUACCGUGGAAGAGACCGUGUCAAUGCAACUCGAGGCUGGCAAUUCUUAUCGCAUCCAUAUCCAGUGGGGAUGCUCCCGAACGAGCACCUACAAAGUUGCGGGUGUGGUAGACUUCGGUCACGGCGGGUUCCGCUUUGGUGCCUGCAAGCAACUUGCUCCCGCGGAAGGGAUCGCGCAAGCCGUUCAGCUCGCACGAGAUGUUGACCAGGUCGUUCUGGUUGCUGGAUUGAGCGCGGAAUGGGAGUCAGAGGGAGAAGACCGCUCUAGCAUGGCGCUGCCUCCCCACACGGACGAAUUAAUUUCUCGUGUCCUAGAGGCAAACUCCAACACCGUCAUUGUCAUUCAGAGCGGAACGCCGGUUGAAAUGCCUUGGAUUCAUGAAGCGAAGGCGGUGCUGCACGCAUGGUAUGGAGGCAACGAAACAGGUAACGGUUUGGCUGAUGUGGUAUUCGGCGAUGUCAACCCGUCCGGCAAGCUUCCUCUCACUUUCCCCCAAAAGCUCAAGCACAACCCCACCUUUUUCAACUUCCGCUCUGAAGGUGGUCGUGUGCUUUAUGGAGAAGACGUGUACGUCGGAUAUCGGUAUUAUGACACGCUAGAUGUUGAGCCAUUGUUUCCCUUCGGCCACGGUCUUUCCUAUACCACCUUUGAGUUGUCAAGCCUGCAACUCCAAAAGGAUUCCGAGAAGGAUCUGACCGUGACAUGCACAUUAGCAAACACAGGCUCCCGGUCGGGAGCUGAGGUGAUCCAGGUCUACGUGGCUCCUGUAACACCUCCCCUCAAGAGACCCCUGAAAGAACUGAAGGCUUUCAGUAAAGUGACCUUGGAGGCUGGAGAGACCCAAACAGUUCAAAUUCCGCUGGACCUUGUGCGAGCGACCAGCUACUGGGAUGAGUAUACCAGCAGCUGGUGCAGCCACAGCGGGACAUACAACAUUAUGGUGGGAACAAGCAGUCGCGGGGCCUUCCUCCAGGAUUCGGUGGAGCUGGGCGAGACUUCCUUCUGGCAGGGACUUUAA